AUGACUGCUGUGGCAUCACCACCUAGUGUUCAGUCGGGGCCUCGCUUGGGAUGGUGUGAAUCUAGUAACGGUGGACCGGGUGCUCUGUCUUCCAUGAACGCGGACGAGGUCUCCCGAAUGUUUAUGCCGCGGAAAACUAUCCAGAGAUCAAAUUCCUCUUCUUCUCUCGGAUCCACCUCAUCUACCUCAUCCACCUCGACCGUUUCCGCGACCCCUCUCGGUACUAAUGCAGGACAGCCUUCUAACACCGACUCCGCUACUUGGUCUUCGAAGAAGAAGUCAUCGAGGAGUAUCUGGCCUAAUUCCAAGUCUGAGCCCGUGGCCGGAGUGAGUAACACGCGCUCUCAAGCGAUGCCGGCGUUUUCGUCGGGCCAGGGCGCCUCGCAUGCAAUGUCUGCAAUCCACCAGCCUUCGUCCAUCGUCCCGUCCCAACACCUCCAGUCUUCUCAACAGAAUGGCGUUCGCGCAGGAAGCACGCCUGUCGGGGAGCCUCCUGCGAUAUUAACGCUUAUCCCAAUAAAUGACACAUUUGAGAAGAAACAAAUCACCGUGCCUUUUUACCCCGAAUCGCUGCGAAUUGGAAGACAAACCAACGCCAAAACAGUCCCAACACCAACGAACGGCUACUUCGAUUCGAAGGUGCUUUCUCGUCAACAUGCAGAGAUCUGGGCCGAUAAAAGUGGGAAAAUUUGGAUUCGGGAUGUUAAAUCGUCUAACGGUACCUUUGUCAACGGCCAGCGUCUUUCUCCAGAGAAUCGCGAGUCUGAUCCCCAUGAGAUCCGUGAAAAUGACACACUGGAAUUGGGUAUCGACAUUGUCAGUGAAGACCAGAAGACUAUAGUUCAUCAUAAGGUUUCUGCUAAGGUUGAACAUGCGGGUAUCUACGGGACGAUGCCCAACAUAUUUGAUCUCACCCUCGGCGAUCUGGAUCCGGCUUCUGGAAAUGGGCUUCUCCCAUCCCCACUCAGCCAACCAUUAUCGCAUCUUCGAGGACGAUCUGGCAGCACAAUGAGCAACCGUAGUGCGCAGAGUGCUGCCAGCAGCCAGUUCAACGCUUUACAGCAACAGCGUCAAAUGAACUACUGGAGCUCUCCGCUCUCAAUUGAGCAACUCGUCAAGCGGCUUACGACCGAGAUGAAGCAGGCUAAACAACAGUCGCAAGACCUCCGUCAAACUGACGAAUUCUUAACGACGCUGAUGAAACCCGGCCAUUCGGAGAAAGAAAAGCAUAAGCACUCCUCCCCAGGAGACAGCAUUUCCUCUCGUCAGAUCAAUGGGAGACCCAAAAUGCCUCGUGUAGAUUCAUUUUCAAGGUUUUCUGACCCUCCCGCACCACCUCCACAACAACCCUUACCUGAGAAACCCGAUGCAUUGCCGCGAAAUGGAUCGGAUGCUGUCUCGUCGCUAAAACGCUCCGACACAGAAAAACCGAAGAUGAGCGCUGGCAGCUCUCCUGUGUCACGAGAAUCUAGCCAGAUUCUCUCUCUAAUUGAGGCCCUGUCAUCCGCUAAAAAGGAGCUAGAUAGCCAAGGUGCCCGCGUCAAAGAGCUCGAGAAUCUUCUCGUUCAGGAAAGGCAUGCUCGGGAAUCUGCAGAGGAGAAAGCUAGAGCUUUUGAGCAGCUCUCUGUAAAAGAACAGCCGGAGCCAUCCGAAGCAUCUAUCGACGACUCACAGCCCGAGGGCUUCCCGCAGAGCUCCAAUGAAGAGCAGAUCAUUGAGGUAUCGGAUGCUGAUGUUCCAAAUAACAAUAGCUCAGUUGAACAGGAGAGUGCCUUGGUGGAGAGUCCAGCUGACAAGUUACAACUUCGGCUGGAGACUUUAAUGGAAGAAAUGGAGGAAAUGAAGAAGCAAGUCUCUCUAUUCAAGGACCAGGCCCAGAAAGCAGAGAAUGAAACUGCCGAAGUGCGCAAGUCGUUGGCGGAAAUGAUCGAGACUCUCCGCAGGGAGCGCGCUGAGCGUCGUGAGAAGGCCAACGAGUCGGUGCCUCAGGUACAAGACCCAUCCACCGCUCCCAAUUCGUCCCCGUCCCCGCCAGAGGGACCUGCGCCUGUUGCAGCCGACAAAUCCCAAACACAGGCACAGUAUGCGGCUUCACUCCCCCUUGCUAAGGAGUCGGAAUCUCCCAGCAUAGCCAUCGCGACAAAAUCACAUAAGCGUCUUGAUGUUCUUGAGCAAUCUAGCCCUUACGCAUCAAUGCUUGGGGUUGUGCUCUUGGGAGUUGGGCUAAUGGCCUACCUAAAUGGGUGGCAGAAGAUGGACAAGUAG